UGACGUAGUACAUCUAGCUAACGUUAUAAGCUAAUGGCUAACAUAAUGGCUGUGUAGUCAGACAACGAAUACUUUGUUGAAAAAAGUAAACGUAAAUUCGCAUGAAAUUUUAAGUCCAAAACACAAGUGGUAUUGAUAUCGAAAAUAUACAUCAGCUUUUUUGUGUACAUAGUUAUUGGCAACACUGCUCGCACGCCCUCGUUAUGUCAAAAGUCUGAUGAUCCGUCGCAGUCAUUUCUUUCUUUAUUAAUAAGGAUUUUGUUUCGCUUUCGUUCAGUCUAAAGUGAAUCAACAGCUCUCCUCGGUGACGCUCUUCCAGAAGAGGAUUUGACAUUAUUUCGAGGACACAUUGUUGGAUCAUCAUGCUUAAGGAAUAUUACGAGAUCUAAUCACUUCACUCUUUCUGUGAAAUGUCUCUGGUUUUCCUACGACCCAACACUAGCGUGAUCGGUAAGAAGGACAAGCGACUCAUGGCCGAGGUGAACGCCUCUCCGCUCAAACACUUUGUCACUGCCAAGAAGAAGAUCAACGGCAUCUUUGAACAGCUGGGCGCGUACAUCAAAGAGAGCUCAGCCUUUCUGGAAGAAACCUAUAGCAAUGAAGAAUUGGAUCCUGUUACUACGGAGGAGCAGGUGGUGGAGGUACGGGGUUACCUGUCCAAAGUGGCAGGCAUUGGCGAGGUCCUAUCCCGCAGACACAUGAAGGUGGUCUUCUUUGGCAGGACCAGUAAUGGGAAGAGCUCCGUCAUUAAUGCCAUGCUCUGGGACAAAGUCCUGCCAUCUGGAAUUGGACACACCACUAACUGCUUCCUGCGGGUGGAAGGUACAGAAGGCAACGAGGCUUUUCUGCUCACCGAAGGAUCGGAUGAGAAAAAGAGCGUUAAAACAGUGAAUCAGUUGGCUCAUGCCUUACAUCAAGAUGAGGAUCUGGAUGCAGGCAGUCUGGUGUGUGUCAUGUGGCCAAAAGCAAAGUGUGCAUUGCUGAGAGAUGAUCUCGUGCUUGUGGACAGCCCUGGCAUCGAUGUAACAACAGAGUUGGACAGCUGGAUCGACAAAUUCUGCCUUGAUGCUGACGUCUUUGUGCUGGUGGCCAACUCUGAGUCCACUUUAAUGCAAACAGAAAAAUCAUUCUUCCACAAAGUGAACGAGCGCCUCUCCAGCCCCAAUAUCUUCAUCCUGAACAAUCGCUGGGACGCCUCGGCCAAUGAGCCUGAGUACAUGGAAGAGGUGAGACGGCAGCACAUGGACCGCUGCACUAGUUUCUUAGCGGAUGAGCUGCGGGUGGUAGACCGUGCUCAGGCCAGUGACCGGAUCUUCUUCAUCUCAGCUAAAGAAGCUCUUCAAGCACGUGUCCAAAAAGCCCAGGGCAUGCCCGAAGCAGGUGGUGCUUUGGCUGAAGGUUUUCAAGCGAGAAUGUUUGAGUUUCAGAACUUUGAAAGACGCUUUGAGGAAUGCAUCUCACAGUCAGCGGUGAAGACAAAGUUCGAGCAGCACACGGUGAGAGCCAAGCAGAUUUCUGAAGCUCUGCGUCUGAUAAUGGACUCAGUGCAUAUUGCAGCUCAAGAACAGAGGAUUCAUUGUUUAGAGAUGAAGGAGGAGCGAGAGGACAGGCUGGAGUUUAUUGACAAACAGCUGGAUCUGCUCACAUUGGACUGUAAGACCAAAAUCAAGAAGAUCACAGAGGAGGUGGAGAAACAGGUGUCUAAUGCUAUGGCAGAAGAGAUCAGGAGACUGGCUGUGCUUGUGGAUGACUUCCACAUGGACUUACAUCCUUCACAAGUGGUGCUGAAAGUGUACAAGAAUGAGCUCCACAGACAUAUAGAGGAUGGUCUGGGCAGGAAUAUGUCAGAGAGAUGCUCAAGUGCGAUCACGGCUGCCCUGCAGACAACACAGACUGACAUGAUAGAUGGUCUGAAGCCCCUGCUGCCAAUCGGGGUUCGAGAGCAUGUCGAUAAGAUGGUGCCCAGACAGUGCUUUAGUCUCAGCUACGACCUCAACUGUGACAAACUGUGCAGUGAUUUCCAGGAAGACAUCAGCUUCCACUUCUCUCUGGGUUGGACCAUGCUAGUCAACCGCUUCCUGGGUCCAAAGAACACACGGCGAGCUCUAAUGGGCUACAAUGACCAGGUUCCCAGGCCGAUGGCCAUCACUCCGGUCAGCACCAGUAUGCCUCCUUUCCCUCAGGGAUCCAUGACCCAGGAAGAGCUCAUGGUAUCCAUGGUAACUGGAUUGGCAUCACUCACCUCCCGGACGUCGAUGGGCAUCAUAGUUGUUGGAGGAGUGAUCUGGAAGGCAGUGGGCUGGAGGCUCAUUGCUCUCUCUCUCGGUCUUUACGGGCUGCUGUAUGUGUACGAGAGAUUCACCUGGACCACCAGGGCCAAAGAGCGAGCAUUUAAAAGACAGUUUGUGGAAUACGCCAGUGAGAAACUGCAGCUCAUCGUCAGCUACACUGGAUCCAAUUGUAGCCAUCAGGUGCAGCAGGAGCUGGCCAGCACCUUCGCUCAGCUCUGUCAGCAGGUGGACGUCACACGACAGCAGCUGGAGGAUGAGAUUCGAGACUUGAACAACAAGAUCGAACAGUUGGACUCCCUGCAGAGUAAAGCCAAACUGCUCAGGAAUAAAGCUGGCUGGCUGGACAGUGAGUUAAAUAUGUUCAUACAACAGUACCUUCAACAGGGUCGAUAAAGAGAUCGACUCUGAUCAACGCCAUGAGCAGUGUAGAGCCCAGCAAACUCAUCUCUCUCUCUCUACCGCUGCACUUUUAAUAUCUACUUCUGCAAAUAAUUGAACACUUGUUACAUAGCAAAUAUUAUUGCUCAUUGCAUUUGUUUUCUUUUAUAGGUUCUACAAUGUAUUUUUUUUUUUUCUGUUAGUAUGUAUUGCUCUGAAAUAUGAGACCUGCCUUUUGUGACGUGCCAGUUUGAAGAGAGCUUCCUUUUUGUUUCUUACUGAUUCUUUUUCUAUUUAAUACAGGAGUGAUUAUUUAUUCUUUGUAUAAGAGGUUAUGCAAAGCAUUUGACCCCUGUGUAGAUUGUGGUUAUAUAGAUUCCCAGACUGAGAUUUUUCUGUAUGCCACUGGAAGUUGCAAAAAGUGAGAUGCCUAUUUUAAAUAGGCUUUCACAUGCCUUGUUAUUAUUCGGGGCAUGUGCCGUACAAUUAACUUAAAGGGAUAGUUCACCUAAAAAUUAUCAUUCGGUCAUCAUUUUACACUCAUGUUGUACAAAACCUAUAUGACUCUCUUUCUUUGAAACACAAAAGGAGGUUUUGGCAGUUUGUUAGAAUAAGUCGCCAUUCAGUUUCAUUGCAUUUAUCAUUGCAGAAAGGCAUAUGGGUUUGGAACAACAUGAGGGUGAGUAAAUAAUGAUAGACUACAAAAAAAAAAAAAAGUCCUGAGUUCUUUAUAUAGUCUGAGAUUUGCUAGUGUGCAGGCUUGUAGAGGAAUUUAGUGGAUUUUCUUUUUUUUUUUUUUUUUGUGUAAAUCCAAGCUGAGUUAAAAUCUUGUCACUCUCUUCCCAAUUUAUUUUGGAGCAUUAAAAAAAAUGAAGAGAUUGUUUGAGAUGCAACCAUUUUGUAAACUCUUGAUACACAACACAAUCUUUUUUUUUUUUUUUUUUUUUU